UCUUCCGUAUCUCAGAGAGAGAGAGAGAGAGAGGGAGAGAUCCUCAAAACGCGAUCGCAGCAUCUCUCCAAAACCCUACUCUCCCUCUCUCACUCUCUUUCCCUCACACACACAUUCUGUCUGUCUGUCUCUCUCUUUCUCUCUCUCUCUCUCUCUCUCUCUCAACCCUACCUUUCCGUUUUCGGUGAUGUGAAUUUGGACGGCUGAGAUGGCGCGAGAUGGGUUAAUCGUCGCGGUGGACCCACAGGCUGCACUGAAGAAGAAGGCUGCCGUUUCGAGGAGUUGGAUGUUGCUAGACUGCACCGGGGAGGGCACCAUCCUGGAUGUCGACAAGUAUGCUAUCAUGCACCGGGUCCGGAUCCACGCUCGGGAUCUUCGGAUCCUUGAUCCGUUGCUGUCGUAUCCUUCAACAAUUCUCGGCCGAGAACGGGCCAUUGUUCUCAAUCUGGAGCAUAUAAAGGCCAUAAUCACUGCAGAAGAGGUUUUGCUUCGAGAUCCAAUGGAAGAUAAUGUGAUUCCGAUUGUUGAGGAACUUCGCAGGCGUUUACCGCCUGUAAAUUCUGCCAGCCAAGUUCAAGGGGAUGGGAGGGAACACUCAAGCGGACAAAACGACGUUGAAGCUGGUGAAGAAGAUGAGUCCCCAUUUGAAUUCCGUGCUCUGGAAGUAGCUUUAGAAGCCAUUUGUAGUUUCCUUGAUGCACGUACCACAGAACUGGAGACUGCUGCUUAUCCAGCUUUAGAUGAGCUGACCUCCAAGAUUAGCAGUCGUAACUUGGAUCGGGUCCGUAAAUUGAAGAGUGCAAUGACAAGGUUGACUGCUCGUGUUCAAAAGGUGAGGGAUGAGCUUGAACAACUUCUGGAUGAUGAUGAUGAUAUGGCAGAUCUUUACUUAACAAGAAAGUUGGCUGGGGCAUCUUCACCUGUAAGCGGCUCUGGUGUACCCAAUUGGUUCCCUGCUUCUCCAACUAUAGGCUCAAAGAUAUCUAGAGCAAGCAGGGCUAGUGCCGCAACAAUACAUGGAAAUGAGAAUGAUGUUGAGGAGCUGGAGAUGUUACUUGAGGCAUACUUCAUGCAGAUUGAUGGUACAUUGAACAAAUUGACCACGCUGCGUGAAUAUAUUGAUGACACUGAAGACUACAUUAAUAUUCAGCUGGAUAAUCAUCGAAAUCAACUGAUUCAGCUGGAGCUCUUCUUAAGUUCCGGCACUGUCUGUCUCUCCAUAUAUUCUUUGGUUGCUGCAAUAUUUGGCAUGAAUAUCCCAUACACGUGGAAUGAUGAUCACGGAUAUGUAUUUAAAUGGGUAGUCAUCCUCACGGGAAUAGCUUGCGCCUCCCUCUUCAUAUUGAUAAUCUCUUAUGCCCGUCAAAAAGGCCUUGUUGGGUCUUGAUAAUCUUAAUAGAAUUCCAUCCUAAAGGAGCCAAAAGGAAGGGCUCCAAAUUUCCCAACCAUUUCAUGAGAUAAAAUAAGGCUUCUAUGAUUUUGCUUCAAAGGUUAAAGAAGUUGCCAGAGCUUCAAUAAAAGUACUCUCACAGAUUUGAAUUUCCAGAUUUCUUAAAGAAGAAAUGAGAUAGCUGCUCAAGAGAGUAGCCAGCCGAAUCCCGCUUGCCCAGGCUUGCAUUGUAUGUAAGUGUCAGGUCUGUGCCAUUUAUUUGUUAGGUUUGUGUGUGCGCUGGUCAUGUCAUCAAGAGGGGCCAUGCUUUUGAAGCCGAUAACAAAGAGAAUUAAACAACAUUCCAUGCAGUCAAGCAUGGACCACCUGAUAUUGGACUGGACCGAUUUUCAGGCUACUGCACAUACAUAGACCGGAUUAACAACCCUGGAUCUUGCACACAGGUCACAGAGACCCACAUGCGCAUGUAGAUGGUAGGGAUCUGGAUAGCAAUUGGGCCGGGUAGCCAUGGCAUGUUCCUUACUGAAGGAGUACUUAUAUUUUUCUCUGUUUUGGUUGCAAAAAUUUCAGUCUGAGACCAGAAUGGAAAUCAUCACUACAACAUGUUUGUACGGUGCUUAAAUGGCCGUUGGGCCUCAUUCAUUCACCUUCAUAGACGGGUUUAUACAUCCACCCAGUCAUUCCCGUUCAUUCUUAUCAAAUUUCUGAAUUUAGCUGGAA